CUAGUAGAUUUAGCACUUGAAUGGAAUUAUUUUGAUGGCGUUUUACCAAUAUUACAAGCACGACAAAAUGAACGUAUCAACAAUAAAAAAGACUUCAUUCAGGUAUACACGUGUUAAAAAUGAACACUACUUGCUAGCACUAAGUAUAACGAUAAUAAGCAAGAGUUCGAUUGAAUAAGAUUUUUUCAUAUCCUAUACUCUAUUCUAUGGACUUUCUAUCCAUAUCCUGCUCGACGAUUUUCAAAUUUUGGUAGGCGUCAACAUUAAGUUUUCUUCACUAUGUUUCAGCAUAUUUUAUUGAUUUCUAACGAUAAUCAAAUACUAAAUUAUCGCAUACGUACAAUGAGUGCCAAAAUUAUUGGACAACGUUUGUUUUCAAUCUUUUUCCACUGAUUGAAGCACUAGAAGGAACUCGAAUAGUGAUUUGACUGGAGGAGAUUGUUCCCAACAAGAAUAUAAGAAAAUAAAACUAAUUAUCAUAUACACAAAGAUAAGGUCUACAGAAAAUCCAAACCUUAGUUUUUUAGCAUCUAUGACGCAUAAAUAUAAUUUUGUUUAGACUGUUUAUAAUAAUAGAGCAAACAAUUCUCUACAAAAUACGACGUCUUUGAGUUCUUUAAGACAUUUCUCAGCUAAAAUACAGCAAUAUGAUUGAAAAUCCGAAAAUCUGUUUUCCUAUAGGCAAUAGUAAAAAAAGAUUUUAGGGAAUUUCAUAAUAUUGAUGUGCGUAUCUCAGCUAAAAAAUGUCAUAGAGAACUCGAUGACAUCUCUAUAUAGUCAAAAGUAUUGACUAAAAAUAAUACUUGAUUUAUUUUAGGCAGAUAUCAAUAGGCAAAAGCAACUGUUCAUGAAAUCUCUUGAAAAAAAUCGUUCAAUAUUUAUUGAAUAUUUUCUAAUAUCUGGCUUUGAUCUAUUAACUUUAAUUGAAAAAAAUGAUAUUCCUAGCUAUCACAAAUUUAUUUCAAAUUUAUAUAACAAAAGUUAUAAAGAAAUGAACAAGGUUUGUUGCUUUUUUUUUUAACUAAACUUUUUGUUUUCUACUUAAACAUUUUUAUUUACUACAGAGUCAUAAAAAUCGUGUAAAAACAUUAUUUGGCUCAUCAAAUUUCAGAUCACCACAUGAACUCGAUAAUAAAUUAAAUAAAUUUGUUGGGUCUUUUUUUGGAUUGAUCUAUUCCUUUAAAGACGAUAGUUUUCGAAAUCGUAUUAAAAUUGAUUUGCAUAAUCGUGUAUCCCAUUGUUGUGGAUCGCAUGGACAUCUUGAUGAAGAUCAUGAAUUAAAUGUUAUUCAAAAUGUUACAAAAGUUUAUCCAACGGAAAACAACUAUACAAAACAUGAAUUGUUACGUGAUCUAUUUUUAUGGUCUAUUUUUAUGGAUAUGCCGGAAAUGGCUAAAGUCUUCCUUUUUCAUAUUCGACCUCGUAUUUGUGCUGCUCUUAUAGCUUCAGCUGUAUUUAAAAAAUAUUCCAAAUUUUCACCGACAGUUGAUAUGAAAGAUAAAUUUCAAACUCAAGCAUUGGAAUUUGAAACAUAUGGUGCAAUAUUUACUGAUAAAUGUUAUGAGUAUAAUGAACGACGUGCUUGUGAAUUACUUUUACGACAAAUACCACUUUUUGGUAAUGUUACAUGCAUGCAGCUUGCUAUUUCAAGUGCAAGUAGUAAAUUACUUGAAACAGCUUGUUUUGAUCAAACAUUAAAUCAAGUAUGGUUUGAUAAAUUAUCUUUGAGUGAUCAUCAACUAAAGGCAAAAGCAUCAAGAAUUCUUGCAAUUAUGACUUUUGGCUUAAUAGCACCUUGGUUUGUUAGUUAUCGAAAAGAAACUGACGAAUCAUCGAAUAAUACAAAAGAUGAUGAUCUAUCUCAAGACGGUAUAAACUAUUAUGUUGAUGAACAAAAUUCAAAAGAAGGAAAAGGUACAACUUCUUGGGAGCGUUUUCGUUAUUUUCAUGAAAGUCCAAUGGUAAAAAUGUCUUAUCAUUUUAUUAGCUAUUUGUGGUUUUUACUUGUAUUCAGUUUUAUGAUGCUUUAUCAUCUUGAUGGUCGUAAUACAUUUGAUAUUCCUCAUUGGAGUGAAAUUUAUGUGAUUAUUACUGUUUCAACUAUGCUGUAUGAAGAAGCUCGAAGACUUUAUUAUCAAUAUGUUACACGUAUGACCGAGCUAUGGGGUUCAACUGGAUCUACCGCUUUAACAUUGUUGUCGAAUGUAUUUUAUAUUAUGCCAUAUUUUUUGUUUUAUGUGGGUCUUGGUUUUCGAUAUGCUAGUUACAACGAAGGUUUACUUUCUACUGCAAGAAUCAUUUGGGCACUUGAUCUUGAAUUGUGGUAUAUUCGAUCACUUAAGUUUGUUAUAGCUUUAAAAUUUUUAGGACCAAAAUUAUUUAUGUUAAAAAAUAUGCUUCGAGAUUUAUUUGCUUUCGUCUAUAUGAUUUUUAUAGCAAUAGCUGCUUAUGGAGUUGUAUCUCGAGCAUUAAUUCAUUAUAAACAAGUACCAUUUACAGGUCGUGGAAUUUUUAGUGAAAUUUUUUAUGAACCAUAUUGGUUUAUUCAUGGAGAAUUCUCAGAUAAAGAUUUACUUGAUGAACGGAUUAAGAAUGGUACUAAUGAUGGAGGAGGAGGUGUUGCAGAAGCGACGGCAACACAUGUUUUAUUAGGAUUUCAUAUGUUAUUUAUUAAUAUUCUGUUACUCAAUUUACUAGUUGCCGUUUUUGCUGAUUCUAUCGGUAAAGUUCAAGCAAACACAGAAUUUUAUUGGCGCUAUCAACGUUAUUCAUUUGUACGCGAAUAUUUCGAACAUUUACCAUUAUCGUAUCCUCCAUUAAUUAUUAUCUCACAUAUCAUAUUAAUUAUUUUGACUAUUCAAAAUAUAUGUUGCCCAAAAUUGGGUCGAAAUAGAGUAGCACAUAAUCAUUAUGUGCCAAUAUCAAAAAGGCUUGCACGUACUUUUAAAAUGAUUCCAAUACAAGAAUCACAAAAUGAGCAGUGGGAUUUAUUUGAAAAUGCUGCAACGUAUAGUUCUGCUCGUUCAAUAUUACAAAAAAAUAAAAACAAUGAUACUUUAACUACUAAUCAUGGAAAAUCAAGUAAAACAUUGACUACAAUAAACUCGAAUGUUGAAAAAAACACUGUAGGCCAGCACAAAACACUAGAAAAUUUAUAUGAAUUAAUGUCAACAUUUCAAUCAGUUAUUAGUGAAACUCGACAAGAAUUAAAAGAAGUAUUGAGUUUUAUUGAUAUUUUCAAUUUUUUUUAG